GAGCUAGUGAAUCAAAUCACUUCGGACUUUCAAACAUUAUGCAAGGACGAUUUGUGCGUGUUGGCGAUUUACGGAGGAGUUCCAUUAGGGCCUCAAUGUAGAGCAUUACGAAAGGGUACUGAUAUCGUUGUUGGAACGCCAGGCCGUGUUAUUGACCUCAUGGAGAAGUCUGUUCUGAAUCUUUCCAAUCUAGGCCAUGUUGUUCUCGAUGAAGUUGAUAGAAUGUUGGAUAUGGGUUUUAGCAAAGAUGUGGAAAGCAUCUUGUCCGGUUUGUACAGCGAGGGCAACGAGAAGCCUCAGACAUUACUGUUCUCCGCCACAAUGCCAGCCUGGGUUUCUUCCGUCGCUAAAUCAUAUCUAUCAAAAGAUGCAGUGCACUUAUCUCUUAUACAGGGUCAAGAAAACAAAACCUCCAAUAACGUUACGCAUUUAGCGUUGCCUUGCCCCUACGUUGAGCGUGGAUCCACAUUGGCAGAUGUCAUUCGUGCUUAUUGCCCAAAUAAAAAUUCGCGUUGCAUCAUAUUUUGCGAACGCAAAAACGACGCCGAUGAGCUGGCUGCUCAUGCUUCUAUGAGUACGGAUUGUCAUGUUUUCCACGGUGGCAUCUCUCAAGAUAAACGGGAGCUAAUAUUGCAGAAAUUUCGUGAAGGGAAAUAUCGUACAUUAAUCACUACCAACGUGGCCGCUCGAGGACUAGAUAUUCAGGAGGUCGAUCUUGUGGUUCAGUGUCACCCUCCUCGUGAUGUGGAAGACUAUAUUCACCGGUCUGGACGAACCGGUCGAGCAGACCGAACGGGUACUUCAAUCGUUUUCUACACUCCACAGGAACGCGGUUUGUUAUCCGUGAUCGAACGCAAAGCAGACAUCGAAUUCCGUCGUAUCGGACCGCCUACUCUACAGGACAUACUAAACAGUUGGGGGAAUGAGCUGACCAAGUCUUUUCUCGCCGUGCCCGAGUCCACCUGGUCUGCUUUCUUACCAACCGCUCAAUCCAUGGUUCGUCUAUUUCGUUCUGGGAAGAAGAUCUGCUCUUCAGGCGAUUCCGAAUUGGACGGUCAGUCGACACCGGACAAGGUGAAUGGUACCAAAGCGGCCUCUGUCAAACCGGUGCUACGUGCGCUGUGUUGUGCACUGGCCAAACUCAGUGGGAAAGAUGGUGCUAUCGAGUCACGGUCGGUGCUCGAUUCACGUCCCGGAAUGACCUCGUAUCGCUUGGACCUGAGUGAGCCGGCGAUGCGCAAGGGUGAGGCCUACAACACUUUGCGUCAGCGAUUGCCGGACACAGUGGUGGACCAGUUACGGAAUGUGAUGUUCAUCAAGGGUCGCCAGGGUUUCGUUUUUGACGUACCAUCCGAGCUGGACUCAGAAAUCGCUAGUUUAUGGGACAACGCAGAAAACAAUGCCCAGCUGUCUCUUCUACAUGAGGUACCUGAGCUGGAGGAGACAAAUAACGGAGAUGGUUACAGCAACGGUUAUUCAUCACCCUCGGGUGGUUGGCGUGGCGGUGGUGGUGGUCGUGGUGGCUCACGCUGGAACAGUGGUCGCGGGUUCAGUCGUGGCAAUGGUGGUGGUGGUGGUGGUCAGGGCCGGGGUCGAGGUUUUGGUCCACGUCAAUCGAAUGGUGGCAACGGUCUGAGUUUCAAACGCGCUUUCUCUCAGUCUGGGAACAGUUCGGUCCCCGAGAAACGUUUCCGCUCCACGGACGGUUCAUUAUCGUCCCGCGGGGCAUUGGUUAUGGGUGGCGUACGGACCGUUUUCGGUGAUUGA